AUGGACGCACAAGAGCUCGCGAGGUGGACGCGUUUUGCCACUAAAGGCGGCAUCGGCGCAUGCACCGCGGACGAGGACUGUGUCGCGCUCAACGUCGGCGAUCUCAUGUUCCUCAAGGGCGACACUAUCACCGUCCUCAUGCAGCUCCCCGAACAGGGCGUCUUCUUGGGCUACUGCGAAGGCGUCGUCGGCCGCUUCCAGUCCGCCCACGUCACCUUCCACGGCAAGCUCAAGAAACCCGUCAUCGCCAAACGCGGCUCC